CAUGAAUACGACAUAGACUUUUCUUGGAAACUUUCGGAAAGAACAUAUUUAAGAGAAAACUUAGGAAGAUAUUGGUGAAUGAGGCCCAAUAUUUGGAGCUCAGUCUUCUACAAAACCUAGAACAAACACUGACAGGACAGAAAAGUGAGAUUGAUUCUCAGUCUUGGCUCCAUUAGUCCAAAUUUCAUUUUAUUGUGAAAAUCUGCUCCUGUUGCAGCCCUUCCUGCCUGCUUCCUGACAGGUGGAGCUGGGACUCAUUCCAGGAAACAGCUCACCUGUGUCAGAGAUUUCUCUCCAGGAGGAGAGCGACCCUCUUCUUCAUCAACUCUUCAUCAUCUUUUUGGACUGUUUGAAGAAGCUUUAAGUUGCUGUUUGAUACUUUAACAACACUUUAGUCUUUUGUCUCUUCAGGGACCCAUCAGAGACCAGACCCUGCUGAAUCUGAACCUGCACCUGAACCCAGCUGUGUGUCCAUGAAGAGUCACCAGUCCAUGGAGAUACCACUACUUUAAAAAAAGACCUUUAAGGGAGAGGCGAGUAGAAAUGGAGGAGAGCGAUGAAGAUAUGGAGAGACUUGAAUGGCAGAAGCUGCAAAUUGAAAGGAUCCAUCAAAGACCAGACUCUGCUGAACCUGAACCCAGCUAUGUGUCCUUCAAGAGUGACCGGUCAUUUAAUCGCUAUAUUGACUUUAAAGGUCAACAACCCUCUGCUGGAAAGAGGAUCCAUCAAAGACCAGACUCUCCUAGACCUGAACCCAGCUGUGUGUCCUUCAAGAGUGACCGGUCAUAUGAUCUCUUUAUUGACUUUAAAGGUCAACAACCCUCUGCUGGAAAGAGAGUGGACCAGGAGAGCUCAGAGGUUCCCAUUGGUCAGUCUACCCAGCAGCAUCAAACACACCUGGACUCCAUAUUUAUGCUGCUGGAGGACAACAUCUUCACUUAUGUGAAGAACGAACUGAAGAAGAUCCAGAAGAUUCUGAGUCAGGAUUACCCAGAAUGCUCGGAGAGUCAGUGGGAGGAUGAGGAUGAAGAGCAUAGGAGCAGCAGAGAGGCAUUUCUGAAGAUCACACUGCACUUCCUGAGGAGAAUGAAGCAGGAUGAGCUGGCUGACCGUCUGCAGAGCACUGGAGUUUGUAAGCGUAAACUCAAAUCUAAACUAAACAAGAAGUUCCAGUGUGUGUUUGAGGGGAUUGCUAAAGCAGGAAACCCAACCCUUCUGAAUCAGAUGUUCACAGAGAUCUACAUCACAAAGGGAGGGACUGCAGAGGUUAAUGCUGAACAUGAGGUCAGACAGAUUGAAAAAGCAUCCAGGAAACCAGACAGACCAGAAACAACAAUCAUAUGUAAAGACAUCUUUAAAGCCUUACCUGGAAGAGAUGAACCAAUCAGAACAGUGCUGACAAAGGGAGUGGCUGGCAUCGGGAAAACAGUCUUAACACAGAAGUUCACUCUGGACUGGGCUGAAGACAAAGCUAACCAGGACAUCCAGUUCACAUUUCCAUUCACCUUCAGAGAGCUGAAUGUGCUGAAAGAGAGAAAGUACAGCUUGGUAGAACUUGUUGAUUACUUCUUUAGUGAAACCAAAGAAGCAGGAAUCUGCAGGUUUGAAGAGUUCCAGGUUGUCUUCAUCUUUGAUGGUCUGGAUGAGUGUCGACUUCCUCUGGACUUCAUCAACACUGAGAUCCUGACUGAUGUAAGAGAGUCCACCUUAGUGGGUGUGCUGCUGACAAAUCUCAUCAGGGGGAAUCUGCUUCCCUCUGCUCGCCUCUGGAUAACCACACGACCUGCAGCAGCCAAUCAGAUCCCUCCUGGGUGUGUUGACAUGGUGACAGAGGUCAGAGGGUUCACUGAUCCUCAGAAGGAGGAGUACUUCAGGAAGAGAUUCAGAGAUGAGGAGCAGGCCAGCAGAAUCAUCUCCCACAUCAAGAAAUCACGAAGCCUCCACAUCAUGUGCCACAUCCCAGUCUUCUGCUGGAUCACUGCUACAGUUCUGGAGGAUGUGUUGAAGACCAGAGAGGGAGGAGAGCUGCCCAAGACCCUGACUGAGAUGUACAUCCACUUCCUGGUGGUUCAGUCCAAAGUGAAGAACAUCAAGUAUGAUGGAGGAGCUGAGACAGAUCCACACUGGAGUCCAGAGAGCAGGAAGAUGAUCGAGUCUCUGGGAAAACUGGCUUUUGAGCAGCUGCAGAAAGGCAACCUGAUCUUCUAUGAAUCAGACCUGAAAGAGUGUGGCAUCGAUAUCAGAGCAGCCUCAGUGUACUCAGGAGUGUUCACACAGAUCUUUAAAGAGGAGAGAGGACUGUACCAGGACAAGGUGUUCAGCUUCAUCCAUCUUAGUGUUCAGGAGUUUCUGGCUGCUCUUCAUGUCCAUCUGACCUUCACCAACUCUGGAGUCAACUUGCUGUCAGGAAAACAAACAACAUCAACACAGUUCUACCAGAGUGCUGUGGACGAGGCCUUACAGAGUCCAAAUGGACACCUGGACUUGUUCCUCCGCUUCCUCCUGGGUCUUUCACUGCAGACCAAUCAGAGUCUCCUACGAGGCAUGCUGACACAGACAGGAAGUAGCUCAAAGACGAAUCAGGAAAUAGUCAAGUACAUCAAGGAGAAGAUCAGUGAGAAUCUGUCUGCAGAGAGAAGCAUCAAUCUGUUCCACUGUCUGAAUGAACUGAAUGAUCGUUCUCUAGUGGAGGAGAUCCAACAGUCCCUGAGUUCAGGAAGUCUCUCCACAGAUAAACUGUCUCCUGCUCAGUGGUCAGCUCUGGUCUUCAUCUUACUGUCAUCAGAAGAAGAUCUGGACGUGUUUGACCUGAAGAAAUACUCUGCUUCAGAAGAGGCUCUUCUGAGGCUGCUGCCAGUGGUCAAAGCCUCCAAAAAAGCUCUGUAAGUGGGAUUUAUUCAUCAAUAAAUACUCUGAUAUCUUUCAAUAGGAC